AUGACCAAGGUUUCUCAUCCAUCAACUCAUAUAAACACAGGGUUUUAUCUUCCACACCAUGCUGUUCUCAAGGAAUCGAGCACUACUACUAAGCUUCGAGUGGUAUUUGAUGGAUCAGCGAAAUCAACUAGUGGUUUAGCUCUUAACGACACCUUGAAAGUGGGUGCUAAGAUUCAGGAUGAUUUAAUUGAUAUUAUAAUUCGUUUUCGAACCUACAGGUAUGGGUUCACAGCGGACAUAGAAAAAAUGUACCGAUCAAUUUUAGUUCAGGAAAAUCAUCGAUGCUUUCAAAAAAUAAUUUGGCGUUUUGAUCCUUCUCAUGAGUUAGCUGAGUAUCAGCUAAAUACAGUUACUUAUGGCACAGCUAGUGCAUCUCAUUUAGCUAUUCGUUGUCUAAGACAGCUAGCUAUCGAGAAUCAAGCUCAAUUUCCCGUAGCAUCUGACAAAAUUUUAAAAUCAUUUUACGUCGAUGAUUGGCUCUGUGGUUCGAACACAAUUCAAGAAGGAAAAGUUCUCAUCAAGGAAGUUGACGAAAUUUUAAAAUCUGCAGGUUUCAAUCUUAGAAAAUGGUUUGCCUGUGAUAAUACCCUUCUUAAUAACUUUUCAAAUUCCCCAUUAGAAGCAAAGAUUCUUACAGAAAAUGACACAACAAAAACUUUAGGAAUUACGUGGAAUGCCAAAGAUGAUGUUUUUCAGUAUACGAUCUGUCUUCCUAAUAUUAAUCCAGUAACUAAAAGAUCCAUUUUGGCAAGUAUCUCACAAAUUUUCGAUCCUAUGGGUCUUGUUGGUCCUUGCAUUGUAAGGGCUAAAAUUAUUAUUCAGUCUUUAUGGCAAUUAGGCCUUAAUUGGGAUGAAAGUGUUCCAAUGGAUCUACAUCAAACCUGGAUCAGCUUUUGUGAGCAAAUUUGUUUAAUAAAUCAGAUUAAAAUUCCUAGGCAAAUCUUUUGUCUAAAUUAUAAUUCAGUGGAAUUUCACGGUUUUAGUGAUGCUUCGCAAAAGGCUUACGGAGCUUGUUGCUACCUUAAAUCAUGCAAUAAUUCUGGGGACGUAGUAGUGCGACUUAUUUGUGCUAAAUCUAGAAUUGCGCCAUUAAAAACUUUGUCCUUACCACGCUUAGAAUUAUGUGGUGCUUUGCUACUCAUAAGGCUAUCUUCAAAGGUAUUAAAUGCUAUUCAACAUGUCAAAAUAAAUCAUUCUUAUUUUUGGACUGAUUCUAGUAUAGUUUUAUCAUGGUUAGCUUUAGAACCCAGUCAACUAAAUACUUUUGUCGCUAACAGAAUAUCAGAAAUACAACAGUCCAGUAUUCUUUCCCAAUGGCGUCAUGUAUCAACCCAACAAAAUCCUGCUGAUAUGAUAUCCAGAGGAUUAGACCCAGAUACAUUAAAAAAUUGCAAACUUUGGUGGUUUGGUCCUGAAUUCUUACAACAUGAAGAACAAACAUGGCCCUAUUUACAUUCUGAUAUUUCAUCGAAUGUUCCAGAAGUGAAACAAAAUACUCAAACCGUCUUAACCACAUUUGAAAAUCCGAUUGGUACCACAGCCCUUUAUGUUGAUUGUGAAGGGUUUGUUGAAUGCAAAGAUUGGCGAAGCAGUGUAAACUCCAGUAAAGAAAAUGAGUUUGUUGAUUCUUGCCAGAGGCGAGCUCUUUGUAGGACUAUCUCCACACUUAUGUUCAAUGUAACUAAAGCGUAUCAUUGUGAGUAG